AUGGACUGGUACGCGUGGCUGUCCAAGGCGGGGCUGACCCCGGCGGCGACGUACGAGUACGGCCUGCUCUUCAGCGAGAACGAGCUGGAGCCGGCCGACGCGCCGGACUUCGACCACGACCUGCUCAAGAGCAUGGGCGUCGCCGUCGCCAAGCACCGCCUCGAGAUCCUCAAGCUCGCCAGGAAGGACGCCGCUGCCGCUGCCGCCUCCGCCAACUCGCUGUCCUCCUCCGUGACCGCACGGCUGGCGCGAAAGGCCGGCAAGUGCAUCGCCCGGUGCGCGCGCCGGCUCGCAGGCGGCGGGGGAAAGGCGUCGACGGCGUCGACGACCGUCGUGCCGAGGAUCUGCAGCGGCAGCGACGACGUCGUGGUCCGCGCUGGCGCCUUGCGCCAGCGGAAGAGGGGCGUGAAGAAGAUGGUGCUUAUGAUCACGGACAGCGGCGUUGCCACGGGAGCCGGUGGUGGUGUCCGGUUCUCGUCGGGGUCGUCGCAGAAGGCAAGCCUCAUGUUCCACGACUGCGCCUACGAGGAGGAUGAGGAGGAGGAAGACGCGAGCGGCGGCGAGGAGGAGCAGAGCUCCGACGGCGGCGCCGCCGCCGCCACCGGAAGAGGCGAGAUCAAGUGGGACUGCAUGUUCCAGGACCUCAAGCCGACGUGA